AUGGCUAGAACGAAGCAGACUGCGCGUAAAUCUACCGGUGGGAAAGCUCCCAGGAAGCAGCUGGCUACAAAAGCUGCCCGAAAGAGCGCCCCUGCUACCAGCGGCGUGAAGAAGCCUCAUCGUUACCGACCCGGGACUGUAGCCCUGCGUGAGAUUCGCCGCUACCAGAAAUCCACGGAGCGGCUCAUCCGCAAGCUACCAUUCCAGCGGCUAGUCAGAGAAAUCGCACAGGAUUUCAAGACCGACCUGCGAUUCCAUAGCUCCGCUGUCAUGGCCUUGCAGGAGGCGAGUGAGGCAUACCUGGUGGGGCUCUUUGAGGACACCAACCUGUGUGCCAUUCACGCAAAGAGAGUCACCAUCAUGCCCAAAGACAUCCAGCUGGCCCGCCGUAUCCGUGGUGAACGCGCUUAAACCACCCAUCGCUGAAGAAACCAU